CAAAAUUCGGACAAUCCAGUUGAAAUCGGAUCUCUCCUUUAACUACCCAACUUUUCGAAUUCCUUCAUUCACGACUCCACUCUCCCUCGUUCAAUUCCCGUUAAUUAUUCUUCUCCCUCAAGUGCAACUAAGGAUAACUCGAUUCUGGAAUCAUAAUGGUUCGUACAAAGAACCCAAGCUAUGUGGAAAAAUCGAAUCCCCCAGCAGAUCUCGAAGAAGAAGCAACUCGUGGAGAUGAAUCAGAACGUGAUUCCGAUAAAACGGACUCAAUUGAGAAGUCAAAUGAUAAGGAUUCAUCGGAAUCUGAGGAUGAAUCCGAUGUAAUGCAACCUUUGAGUAUGUACUUUGAUUACUCCCAGUAUACGAAGCCUUUCAAGAUGUCUGGAAAGUGUUAUAUUUCAGAGGCGGUAAACUUAUUAGGCGGUCAUCUUAAGGAAGAGGAGUUGGAUUGGUUCUUAGGGCACCCACAGUUCAAGCAUUUCUUCCAUAUGCCUAAGGAUUCGAAUCAUAAGUUGAUGGGUAUGUGGAUGUUGUUGCUUCGCACAGCGCAUUUGGAGAAGAAAAAUGAAUGCUGGUUCAUUGUUAAUGAGACUCCCAUCCG